AUGGAGAACGACGGCUUGAGGCGAUCUGGUCGCACUCGCACCACAGUCAAGACGUUUCAAUCAGAACAGGAGCAAGCAGCGCAGGUCUUGCCGAUCCGGAAGAAAGCCACUGGAUCCCACAGCAAAGACAAGCCAGAAAACACAACGGGGGUAUCGGUCAAGGACGAGCCAUCGCCAGACGUCCAGGAGACAGAUUCCGACGUCACUUCUGGCAACUUCCAGCCUACCAACGGGGAGGCCGCGAGCGAAUACAAGCCCAGCAAGAAGCGAGCCCGUUUCACUGAGCCCGGCGAUGUCAAAGACGAGGAUGACGCCGACCUCGAUGUGCUGCAGGAGAAGCCCAAAAAGAAGCGAGCCAAGAAGUCUGCCUCAGUCCCUGGUCAGCAACUAUAUGGAGCUCCACCAGUUGGCACACUGAUUCCAUGGGGCACUCGCUGGCGCAAGCAGCCACAGAUUUUCGCCGUUACUCGCGGCAGCGGAACUUCGUCGAAGACCAAUGACUGGAUGCAAGGACAGGCAGAGACCCGUGUUAGGGAGGUGUUGCAAUCGAUUGAGAAGCUAGCGCCCGGCGAAGUGGAAACACGCCUGGCAAAGUCCAUCGCCGAGCCUUCUGAAGAGUACCAGGGCUACCUUGACAGAGCCAAUACGCACAAGAUGUUCAUCCUGAGUCGCCUUCGCGGGGUCGAGCAUGACUGCCACGCCAAUCACACGGAUUGUCCUUACGAGACCCUUCAGGUGGCAGGCUCGAAGGGCAGCAUCUAUUCAGUUCGCAUCAGCCAUCUGACUACUUGCACGUGUCCCAGCGCAACGGGCCUGUUCAUGAAGAAAAUCGGCGAGAGGCCCCAGUGCAAGCAUGUCAUCUAUGUCCUGCACCACGUAUUGAAGGCGCCAGAGCACCUCAAAUACCAAAAGGCUUUCCUCUCCUCCGAGCUGAAGGAACUCUUCGCAGCAGCACCCCCGCUUCCUGCACAAGUUGCUAAAGCCGAACCAAAGGACGGAAAGCGUAAAGCCGUCGAGGGCGACUGUCCCGUCUGCUUCACUGAGUUUGGGGAAGAGUCUGUGACGUGGUGCCGUACCAGCUGUGGCAACAACAUUCACACAGAAUGCCUGCAGGAAUGGGCCAAGGCGAAGACAGCACGUUUGUCAUGUCCGUUUUGUCGCGCGGAUUGGGAAUUUGCCGAUAAGGAUCAGGCCAUCAUCACGGAAGUCGAGAUGCCAACAACUACCGAUAAGGGCGGCUACCUGAACGUGUAUGACCAGCUGAGCUACAAGUGA